CUGUAUGGAUUAUUUCACUCUAGCCCCAUGAUGCUUGGACUGGAGUCCCUCCCAGACCCCAUGGACACCUGGGAGAUUAUAGAGACCAUUGGCAAAGGCACGUAUGGCAAGGUCUACAAGGUAGCCAACAAGAGAGAUGGGAGUCUGGCCGCGGUGAAGGUUCUGGACCCUGUCAGUGAUAUGGACGAGGAGAUCGAGGCUGAGUACAACAUUCUGCAGUUCCUUCCCAGUCAUCCCAACGUCGUAAAGUUCUAUGGAAUGUUUUACAGAGCCGACCGCUGUGUGGGAGGGCAGCUGUGGCUGGUCCUGGAGCUGUGUAACGGGGGCUCUGUCACUGAGCUUGUCAAGGGCCUCCUAAGGUGUGGCCAGCGGCUGGAUGAAGCUGUGAUCUCCUACAUUCUGUACGGAGCCCUCUUGGGCCUUCAGCAUUUGCACCAUCACCGAAUUAUCCACCGGGAUGUGAAGGGGAAUAACAUUCUUCUGACGACAGAAGGAGGAGUUAAGCUCGUUGACUUUGGUGUCUCUGCUCAACUUACAAGCACACGCCUGCGGAGAAACACAUCAGUUGGGACCCCUUUCUGGAUGGCCCCUGAGGUCAUCGCCUGUGAGCAGCAGUAUGACUCGUCCUAUGACGCUCGCUGUGACGUCUGGUCCUUGGGCAUCACAGCCAUUGAGCUGGGCGACGGAGACCCUCCCCUCUUUGAAAUGCAUCCUGUGAAAAUGCUCUUUAAGAUCCCCAGAAAUCCUCCACCCACUUUGCUGCACCCCGAAAAAUGGUGUGAGGAAUUUAACCACUUCAUUUCACAGUGUCUUAUUAAAGAUUUUGAAAAGCGGCCUUCGGUCACCCAUCUCUUGGAGCACCCAUUCAUCCGAGGAACUCAAGGCAAGGUUUUGUUUCUGCAAAAAGAGCUGGCCAAGGUGCUCCAGGACCAGAAGCGGCUGAACCCUGUGGCUAAAACCAGGCAUGAGAGGAUGCAUACCAGAAGACCCCACCGUGUGGAAGAUGCCAGCAAGCGCUGCCUUGAGGAUGACUUGGUCAACCUUGAGGUCCUGGAUGAGGAUGCAAUCAUCUACUGGCUGCGGAAGCGGUACGAAGAGGCGCUGAUCUACACCUACGUGGGCGACAUUCUAAUCGCCUUAAACCCCUUCCAGAAUCUAAGCAUAUACUCUCCACAGUUUUCCAGGCUUUAUCAUGGGGUGAAACGUGCCUCAAAUCCCCCCCACAUAUUUGCAUCUGCAGAUAACGCCUAUCAGUGUUUGGUCACCUUCAGCAAAGACCAGUGUAUUGUCAUCAGCGGAGAGAGCGGAUCAGGGAAGACGGAAAGUGCCCAUCUGAUCGUUCAGCACCUGACGUUUUUGGGAAAGGCCAACAAUCAGACCCUACGGCAGAAGAUUCUCCAAGUGAACUCCCUGGUCGAAGCCUUUGGCAACGCCUGCACCGCCAUUAAUGGCAACUCCAGCCGCUUCGGGAAGUAUCUAGAAAUGAUGUUCACGCCAACCGGAGCUGUGUCGGGGGCGAGAAUCUCUGAGUACCUCCUUGAAAAAUCCAGGGUUAUAAAGCAGGCAGCGGGAGAGAAAAAUUUUCACAUAUUUUACUACAUUUAUGCUGGCCUUUAUCACCAAAAGAAACUUUCUGAGUUUAGGCUUCCUGAGGAAAAGCCUCCUAGAUACAUAGCUGCCCAGACUGGAAGAGUCAUGCAGGACAUCACCUCCAAGGAGUCCUACCGGAGGCGGUUUGAAGCCAUCCAGCAUUGCUUCAGGGUUAUUGGGUUCACUGACAAGGAGGUGCAUUCCGUGUACAGAAUUCUGGCUGGGAUUUUGAAUAUCGGGAACAUUGAGUUUGCAGCGAUUUCCUCUCAACACCAAACUGAUAAAAGUGAGGUGCCCAAUGCCGAAGCUUUGAAAAAUGCUGCCUACCUGCUCUGCAUCAGCUCCGGAGAGCUCCUGGAGGCCCUCACAUCCCACUGUGUGGUCACGAGAGGCGAGACCAUUGUCCGAGCCAACACCGUGGACAGGGCUGCAGACGUCAGGGACGCUAUGUCGAAGGCCCUUUACGGGAGGCUGUUCAGCUGGAUUGUGAACCGCGUCAACACUCUCCUGCAGCCGGAUAAAAACCUGUGUAGUGCCGAGGACAGGAUGAGCGUGGGCAUCCUGGACAUUUUUGGCUUUGAGGACUUCCAGAGGAACUCCUUUGAGCAGCUCUGCAUAAACAUCGCCAACGAGCAGGUCCAGUACUACUUCAACCAGCACGUGUUUGCCCUUGAACAGAUGGAGUACAAGAGUGAAGGCAUCGAUGCCGUUCUUGUGCAGUAUGAAGACAACCGCCCACUCCUGGACAUGUUCCUUCAAAAACCCUUGGGCCUUCUCGCACUUUUGGAUGAGGAGAGCCGUUUCCCCCAAGCAACGGAUCAGACCUUGGUUGAUAAGUUUGAAGAUAACCUACGAUGCAAGUUCUUCUGGAGGCCCAAAGGAGUGGAGCUCUGUUUCGGCAUUCAACACUAUGCUGGACCGGUACUGUAUGAUGCUUCUGGUGUUCUGGAGAAAAACAGAGACACCCUCCCUGCUGAUGUGGUUGUAGUCCUGAGGACUUCUGAGAACAAACUUCUUCAGCAACUGUUCUCAAUCCCUUUGACCAAAACAGGUAAUUUGGCCCAAUCACGAGCUAGGAUUACAGCAUCCUCAAGAUCUUUGCCUCCACAUUUCAGCACUGGGAGAGCCAAGGUAGACACGCUGGAGGUGAUUCGUCAUCCAGAAGAAACCACUAACAUGAAGAGACAAACCAUGGCUUCUUACUUCCGGUAUUCCCUGAUGGACCUGCUCUCCAAAAUGGUGGUUGGACAGCCCCACUUUGUACGUUGCAUUAAGCCUAACGAUGAGCGCAAGGCCCUGCAGUUCUCCCGAGACCGAGUCCUGGCCCAGCUUCGCUCCACAGGGAUCCUGGAGACCGUCAGCAUCCGCAGGCAGGGCUACUCUCACCGCAUCGUCUUUGAAGAGUUUGUAAAAAGGUAUUAUUACUUGGCAUUCCGGGCACAUCAAACACCUCCCGCUAACAAAGAGAGCUGUGUUGCUAUCUUGGAAAAGUCCCGAUUAGAUCACUGGGUCCUGGGGAAAACAAAGGUUUUUCUCAAAUAUUACCAUGUUGAGCAAUUAAAUUUGCUUCUGCGAGAAGUCAUGGGCCGAGUGGUCAUGCUGCAGGCUUAUACCAAGGGCUGGCUCGGAGCAAGGAGGUACAAGAGAGCGAGAGAGAAGAGGGAGAAGGGCGCCAUAGCCAUCCAGUCAGCCUGGAGAGGCUAUGACGCUCGGAGGAGAUUGAAGGAAAUACGCCACAGAAGUGGGUCUGCAGUGCACAUCCCAGCAGUCCUCCAAACCGCUCCUGGUCAGAAAAGCUGCCCAGAUUCAGAAGCAGAACCCAACAAUGGUCAUGAAGAGACUCCAAGUAACUUCCCUGCUGAAGCUGGCAGAGACUGGCAUCCACAAGCCCGGAGUUCUCCGGCAGGCUGUGAUGGCACCUCAGGACAUGCAGAUAAGGCAGCCAGACUGGCCGAUGCUGAGCUCUCAGUUGCUGGAAUGGAUGUGUCAUCUUCUCAGACGAAUCACCCUGCCCCGGCUCACCAAAGACUGAGUCCCUGUGGAGGCCCUCUCAAGCCUGGUUCGGAAGACGGUCUCCUGCAGAAGCAGCGCGCACCUCGCAGACGGUGUCAGCAGCCCAAAAUGUUGAGUAGCCCUGAGGACACCAUGUACUAUAACCAGUUAAAUGGAACUCUAGAAUAUCAAGGGAGCCAGAGGAAGCCAAGAAAACUUGGGCAAAUCAAAGUGCUGGACGGAGAGGACCAAUAUUACAAAUGUCUGUCCCCGGGGGCCUGUGCCCCUGAGGAAAACGACUCAGCCCACCCUUUCUUUUUCUCGUCUCCCAGAGGAGACUCCUUUGCUCAGCACUGA